AUGGGUUGGGCGAGUGGGGACGAGAGGCUGAGCAGUCUCAACAUGAUCCUCAUAUUGAUAGGCGUCUUCGGGUUUGCCGCGGGUUCGCAAUGCCGCUUACUGGAUCUCGAUGAAGGUGAUGGGUGUAAAUCUUUCAACGGCGCUUGGGGCAUUUGCAAGCUAGCAAAAAAUUGCCAGACCCUCGGAAACAUCAGUAGUGUUUUACACCCUAGAUGUAACUUCAAAGGUGAUGAAUUGAUCGUCUGCUGUCCCGACAACAUAAUAACAACAACAACAACAACAACAACGACAAAUUCGAUAAAAUCAGUUGAAGAUAAGAUGAGAAUGGGGAGAAUUAUUAAAGAAGGGAUUAAGCGAUUUUGUAAGAAGCAGAAUAAUGAAGCUAGAAAAAUAUAUGGUGGUACAGAGUCUGCACCUAUGACACAUCCAUAUAUGGUUUUGAUCGGUUAUGGUCCAACGAAGAGAGACUGGGGAUGUGGUGGGUCUCUCAUUACAGAAAGAUAUGUUUUGAGUGCAGCCCAUUGUUCUCAUCUUCCAAACUUAGGUAAUGCCACAUUGGCUAGAUUGGGGGAUUUGGACUACAAUUCCACUGCAGACGACGUCCAUAUACUUGAAAGGAAUAUAGUCAAAAGAACCACAUACCCAAAGUACAAAAAAAGUAAGAAAAAUCAUGACAUAGCCCUCUUCGAAUUGGAUAGUAAUGUCGAUUUCAGUACUUAUAUACGUCCGAUAUGUCUGCAUACUGAGCCACUCAUAGACUCAACGUCCGCUACUGUCAUUGGUUAUGGACUUAUUAGAAAUGGAUCCUUUAGCACGAAGCUGCUAGAAGCAAACAUACAAAUCUACAAUGACAGGAAAUGUAAAAGUCUAGUGUUGAAUACGAUUGACACUGAGCUAAAUCAUCGUCAUGAAACAGAUCAGAUGUUUUGCGCUGGAAUGCCAGACGGAAGCAAGGAUGCCUGCCAAGGAGAUUCUGGAGGCCCAUUGCUUUUCUAUGAUAAUGUUCUGAAGAUCAGAACUCAAAUAGGGAUAACAUCCUUUGGUAAGGGAUGCGGAAAUCCAGACUCACCCGGGGUGUACACCAGGGUCUCGAAUUACAUAUCCUGGAUAAAUAAUGUGACUUCUGAAGUCUAG